CAAAUUCAGGCGGAAGUCAUACAAGAAACCUCAGAUCACGAAAAUCUAGUGCAAGCAGUGGACAAAUCCCUUGCAUGACGCGUCCUCUUAUAAUCUGGUCACAACUUUUUAAGGCAAAGAUCUGGUCAUGCCGGUCAUGCAAUUGUUCAAGACAGUCAACGCACAACUUUACAUCACUAACAAAAAAAUUUGGGGCGGUACCCCUUCGAGGUCCAAGAAGAGGCCCAAUUAACACAGUGCUUGCGCACAAAGCCAAAACCAAGAGAGGUUAAGUGACCUUAUAGGACCUUACUGGGGUACCUAUGGGAUAGCCUAUAGGGCCCUUGGAAGGAUACCCCGCCUUAACUACAAGCAUCAAUAAAGCUUCCUUCAAACUCAGGAUACGCAUGGUUUGGGUCGAUGAAAGAUAAAGCAUCGGGACACUUGAGACACAUGAAGAUUGGACAAAACAUGACGACACCUAUGGUUUGGGCUGACCUCUCGCGGUUAGUUUGAGACACAUGGGUUGAAUGUUAAGGAAUAAUUUUCUGGGCAGCGGUCAAAUCCAGGGUCCGAACCAGGCGACACCACCUGAGUCACCUGAGGUGACCAUGAGAUUUUCCCUACCUCUGUUUGAGAAGCGCUUGCUCCCUGACUACAAGGAGGGCGAUGUGCUCGAGGGUCAAGUGACAAGCACAACCAAAAGGGGCGUCUUUCUGGAUAUUGGCGCCGUGGUGGACGGAUAUCUGCCAGAAUCGCCUGAAAGCUACUCAAAGGGUCAGAUGGUGAAGGUAGCGAUCAAGAUGAUCGAAGUACCGCGCACUUUCAUUACACUGGCGUUGGUGUAGAUGACACUAAGGUGCGAGCGGAAGGCCUGACACAAGGCGAGCGAAUCCUGUGAAAGAUCUGCCGCCGUGAAUGUUUGUGUUUGUUUGCGGCCUGCCUGACACAAGGGACGAAUGUUUACGCCCCUACAUUGUGGAAUGAAGCAUGUUGGUAGUUCAAGACGACAACAUACCCCACAAAAGGAAAA